AUGCUUGUCCAAACACAACCCUCUCUCCUCCCACCACCACCAACCUCUCCUCCCAGCACCACCAACAUCCCCGCUCCUCGUAAAUGCGCGCCCGCUACCCACCCACGCCACGUCACCACGGUCACCUGUGGCCACCACCGCCCACAAACGUCGUCGACCGCCAACAACAACCACGUCAACAACAAUGCAGCAACGCCACGUCAGCAAGCAAACGAGCCCCGGCGAGGUCGAGGCGACGUCAACGGACCGCGAGGGACGACCACGUCAACACACGACCACCAUGACCACGCCCAUGGAACACGACACGCCCCACGACGUCAACGGACGGCCACGUCAACAGACGCCAACGCCAACAACAACACGAACACGCCAACGGACGCCCACGUCAACAGACCACCACCAUGUCAACGGACGACGACCACGCCAGCGGACGCCCACGUCAACGCACCACCACCACGCCAGCGGACGCCCACGUCAACGCACCACCACCACGUCAACGGACGACGACCACGCCAACGGACGCCCACGUCAACGCACGACGACGUGCCCCCGCCGAUGGGAAACCAAGGUGCCACGUCGCUGUCAGCGACGUGGCAACCAAACGACAAACGACGACGACGACGUCGUCAUUUCGUCGUUCACACAAAGCCACCACGACAUGACACGACGACGACGAGUGCAUUGUCCCUCCCCCCUUCCCCGUCCCUCCCUUCCCUUUCCUGCCCCCCUUCCUUUUCCUACCCCCCCUUCCCUGUCCCUCCCCAUUUCCAUGUACCCCCAUUCCCUGUCCCUCCCCAUUUCCAUGUACCCCAUUUCCAUGUACCCCCUUCCUUUUCCCUCCCCCCUUUCCUGUCUGUCCCUCCCCAUUUCCUUGUCCCUACCCCCUUCCCCCAUUUCAUUGUCUCUGCCCCCUUCCUUUUCCCUGCCCCCUUCCCUGUCCCUCCCCAUUUCCUUAUACCCCCUUCCCUGUCCCUCCCCAUUUCCUUGUCCCUACCCCCUUAUCCAUCCCCUCUUCCUUGUCCUCUUUGA